GAACCAAAAAAUUUUCAAUGAUGUGCCCCCAAAUGCAUAUGGAACAGUUCUAAAAGGGAAAGGGUCGUGGACUGAGUCUCUCAUCUUGGAAGAUAUGUAUUGCGCAGAGAAACAAACGAUUCCUAUGAGUAAUGUGGAGAUGGUGCAACAGCAGAGUUCGGGGAUCCUGAUUUGCUGUGAUGGAGGAUUUAAGAAGAGAACUAAGGAAGCUGCAAGUGCAGUGCUUAUAUUCAAUCCUAAAGGAGGUCUGAUGGAUGGAACCUCAAAAGCUUUUUUUGCUAACUCAAGUUUGGUUGCUGAAGCAGUUGCUAUUUGGCAUGUCUGUGUCAUGGUAGAUGCUUGUUCAAUAAAGAAUGCAACAAUCUUGAGCGACUGCCUUAUUGCGAUCAAGUUGAGCGCUAUGGAGAACGUCCCCCAUGGAAAAUCAACACAGUGA